AGCACCGGACCGUGUAGUAAAGGAGAAGCUGCAGCUUCAAAACCAACGGACACACAGACAUAAAAGAAAGUUUUAAAAAUGAUGAAGAAACAGUUUAAUCGGAUGCUGCAGCUAGCGAACCACACCACUGGCCGAAGUGAGAAUUCACUGCUUCUCAGCGAGGACCUCAUCCAGUUUGAGAACAGGAUUGAACCUGCAAGACGGGCAACGUGCAACACACACAAGAAGCUACAGGCCUGUCUUCAAGGCCAACAGGGGUCAGAUCUGGAGAGACGGCUGAAGAAGAUGCCCUUGAUGGCCUUGUCACAGAGCAUGGGAGAAAGCUGUAGAGAGCUGGACAAUGAGUCCUGCAUUCGGAAAACGUUGGAGGUUUGCUGCUACGUGGAAGGUACUUUGGCAAAGGUCCGUGUUGAACAUGAACUUCAGCUGGAGAAAGAGGUCCUGGACCCGCUCUUUAAAUUGUCCGAGGAAGAACUCCCCAACAUUCUCAAACACAAGAAGCAGCUGGCCAAAUUGACACAGGAUUGGACAGCAGCAAGGAAUCGGCUGUCGCAAGCAACAAAGUCAGUCAACACGGGAGCAGCCGCUCAGUCUCAGACAGCGAAGUUAGACCUUCUCAAAGAAGAGGUGGAAGAGAUCUGGAGAAAAGUCGAACUAUCUAAGGAUGAAUAUGCUGCUGACCUGUAUCAUUUCGCCAGCAAAGAGGAGGAAUACUCCAACUACUUUUACUCGUUGUUGGAAGCCCAGGCAGAUUAUCACAGGAGGUCACUGAAUGCUCUGGAUGCACUGCUCCCAACACUGAAGACCAGCCCCAACACAUCAGGUCCCUGCCCAAAGAACCCUGCCUUCGGAUGUCCCCUGGAGGAGCACCUGGAGAACCGUGGACAAGAUAUUGCCCUUCCCAUUGAGGCCUGCGUCAUGAUGCUGCUCGAGAAAGGAAUGAAAGAAGAGGGCUUGUUCCGGUUGGCAGCUGCAGCUUCGGUUCUAAAACGAUUAAAAUCUGCUCUGGAUGGCGGUUCCUUUGAUCCCCAAGAGUUCAAUUCAGACUCGCAUGCUGUAGCAGGUGCACUGAAGUCCUACCUACGUGAAUUACCUCAGCCACUCAUGACAUUUGACCUUUAUGAUGAAUGGUUCCAAGCAGCCAGUGAGAAAGAUCUUCCUAAGCAGAUAGAACGGCUACGAGACGUGUGUGCCAAGUUGCCAGCGGAAUUCUACAACAACUUACGGUAUCUCAUUAAGUUUUUGGCGAAGUUAGCAGAAUACCAGGAGGUGAACAAAAUGACACCCAGCAACAUUGCCAUCGUGCUGGGUCCGAAUCUUCUCUGGCCCAGGAAUGAAGGGAAGGUGUCAAUGAUGGACAUGGCAUCAGCGUCUUCCGUUCAAGUGGUGUCGGUCAUCGAGCCAAUCAUACAAAAUGCAGACAGCAUCUUUCCAGAAGAUUUGGAUUUCAGUGUGUCGGGAAUGUUCGGGCCAAGUUCUUUAUACUCAAGUUACACAGCUCCAAAAAAAGACAGCGGCUCAACGGAGCAGAUGCAGAUUGCCCCUGCCCCAGUCAAGGAGGUCGCUGCGCAGAAGGAAGAGUGUUUGAGUGAAGAACAGCCCUUGGUUCCUCCACCGUCACCUCCCUCGAGUGUGGUGGACGAACCCAGCAAAGUGGAAGCCCGUCCGAACCAGACCCCAUCUGUCCAGGCUGAAGUUGCUGCCGGCCAGACUUCUAACACCUCAACAAAAAAAGUAAAGAAGCCUGUUCCCUCCAGACCAUCCUACCCUCCCCCACAACACCCAAAAGCCAGUCUGCCUUGGACCUCGAAGCCGAUGUGCACUUCCCUAACCAACACGGGCGAGGAUAGAAACCCCAUCAUCCGCAGAGCCACUACCGGUCCAGUCCGAGUGCCCGCGGUACCUCCUCCUCCUGUUCCUGCGCCUCGCACCCACCUGCGAACCACCAGCCUGGAUUUGCCCAGCUCUGCAGCAGGCAACCUACAGUCGACCUCCAAGGACUCACAUCAGGAAAAGAGCAAACAAACGCUGGAGGCCUUGGUCAAGCGGACCAUCCCCGAAACAUUGUCCUUCCAACAUCGUAACCCGCAGGUCAGCUGGGACAAGCAGCCGCAGGCAACGCCCAGGACCAGGGUUUAUUCAGCCAGUCAAGCAAUGCGUUCCGGUGUGAAUUCAGAAGUGGAUGGAUCUUCCAAUGAGGAAAAAAGUGGUGCCCAGGAGCAGCUACCAGAAGCCACCACGGAGGAGCAGCCCUGAUCACCCACCUAAGUCCUUUGAUUGGACAACACUCAAGCACUAUACAAUAUGGAUAAUUUUAUUGGCUCCCCCUUCAUUCCAGCAUCCAAUGAAAAAGUGGUAAUUUGAGAUCUGCCUGUUUGAUUAGCUGGUUCACGUCGGAGAAGCGUCCAAUCGAUUCGGGCAGAUCCCGGCUUUCCUGUUGUCAAUGGGGAAACUACAAAGGCAGAAGAUCUGAGGUGAGGAGGGAAGGGAUUGGCAGAUCCAGCGGCGACUGUGACAAGUGCAAGCGGUCUGUCACCAGACAAGAGAAGAACAUUCUGGCUCAAGACCAACACCUACCCCUGUAAACGCUCUGCACCCUGCUAUGGUGACGUAGGUGAGGGGAAAGAUCCUAGGAGUGAGUGCAGCAUCUGCCCAUCUCAACCAGAUAUAAAAUGGAGCUAUUCACAAACUCAAGAUGUUCCAAAGCAUUUCCAAUUACUAAGUGCUCUGAAAUGUAGUCACCAUCACAAAGUUUGAAGGCAUCCAAUUUGUGCACAGCAAGCUGCCACCAGUCAGAUGAUCUGUUGUUUGUAAAGUUGCAUGGGAGAUAUUUGUUGGCCCCAGAACACUGGGGAAUAAUGGCUCCAGAGGAUCUAGACCCUUGAUUUAACAUCUUACUCAAAAGUGCAGCACUCCCUCAACAAGGAUGUUCUCAGAGGCUCCUUAAAGAACUCACAGAUUCAUGUGAAUGCCUACACUGUGGCUGUUCAAAAUGGAGAAGUGGCAUCCAGGUUGUCACUGAGCGUCUCGAGUGUCUGCAGCGGGAGCACAUGGAGACCAAGCAGACAGCAGAACAACCCGCACAACCUACUCACCGCAACCCCCAGCCUCAUCAAACAGCUCUUGCGCAUCUCGCCCUUGCCCCUCCAGCCACCCAACUGGAGUAGAGCAAGCAAUUCAUUCUUGACCCUGAGGAACUGCCUAAUACUCCCGACAGUGUCAGCCUGGGUUGUGUGCUUGGGGAUUAACCCCACAACUUCCUGCCUCAGGAUGGGAGAGUACAACCCAUUCAGCCAGAGCUGACACCAUGCUGAGUGCAGCAGUUCAACACAAUGGAACACUAGGCCUGGUCUCUGCCCCUGACUGCAGCCCAGUCUGCUCUGUUGGGCAGUGAGUGGGCUUUAAGUGAGGGGUUGGACUACCCGCUCGGUCAAAGUCCCCUCCAUCUGCUUCAGCCCUCUGAUCAGAACUGCCAUAUUCUGUACCCAGUGGCCCAGAUCCCUUUAUUAUUGUACAAAUAUCUCAUUUUGUCUCAGUGUAAAUACUAUAUGAAAAGUGCCUGUAAUUUAAAUAUGCCUGAUGCCUCAGUAAUAAAAAAAGUUUUCUGACUAGCAACUCACUUAUCAUAGAAG